AUGCCUUACAAAUCUCAGAUACGAAAUUAUAGAAUAUGGCCGCGACGAAGAGUGACAACACAUCCUUCGAUCAGAGAUGUGCUACAGAUCGAAUCCGUUGAUCUGAGUUUCAGAGAAAAUGGGAAAACAUUCCACACGGAUCUGUACGAGCUAAUGGCGCGGCCACGGUUUGCGAAUCGUCCUCGACAGCUGGUCGUUAGACGAGGAGCUCCAUUUGUCGUGCGGCUGCUUUGCAAUCGAUCGUUCGAUCCUUCCGUGGACACCUUGGUGCUGGCAUUCUCAGUGGUUCCUUUUGGUACCGAGAUGAUCUGCUUUGGAAAUGGGACGGAGGUGUACGUUAGGUUGCAGGUAAAAGACACCGAUGGAUGGGAGGACCUUCAGGAUGAAUGGGGAGCAUGGCUGACAAACACGACGGAGAAACAUGGCGGUGAAAUAGAGCUAACAUUGCUGAUCAUGACGCCGUCAAACGCCCCGGUUGCGAGGUGGACGAUGGAGUUUCACUGUCGGUUGGAUACAACGAAUGCAAAAUCCUACAUGAAAAGUCCAUCGCUGGUGUAUCUGUUGUACAAUCCGUGGUGUAAAAAGGAUGCAGUCUUCCUGGAAGUACGCGUCACUCGAGCGCUAGGAUCGGCGUUGAACAGUAGGGAUUUUUACGGCGUGCUGGAAGGAAACUGGACCGGAAAUUACGAACAAGGACGACCACCGUUGUCGUGGGGUGGUUCGGUUAAAAUAUUACAACAGUUUUACGCCACUCUCAAGCCGGUCAAGUACGGUCAGUGUUGGGUGUAUGCUGGCAUCUUUGGGACCGUUUGCAGAGCGCUGGGAAUACCGAUACGUCUUGUAACGAACUUUGAAUCGGCGUGCGACCGGGACUAUUCGCUCACGUUGGACUUCUUUCUUGAUGAACGAGACUCGUUGGAUAUGGGAAUGACGGAGGAGUCGAUCUGGAACUAUCACGUUUGGAAUGAGGCUUGGAUGAAGCGAGAAGACCUCGAAAACGAGCUUUACGAUGGUUGGCAGGUGGUUGACGCAACACCAAUGAUAUUGUCCGAUGGAUUGUAUCGAACGGGACCAUGUCCUGUGGAAGCGAUCAAACAGGGCAACGUGCACAUACCGUACGAUGCGGAAUUCAUCUUUGGUGAAGUGAACGCCGACGUUGUAUAUUGGAUCAGAGGAAAUGAUCUACGACCCUCCAUACCGUUAAAGGUAAACACAAGAAAAGUAGGACACCGAAUCAGCACGAAAGCCAUCGGAUCGGACACGAGGAAGGACAUUACCGAUCGCUACAAGUAUCCGGAAGGCUCUCAUCAGGAACGACAAGUCAAACAAGCAGCCAUGAAGCGCAAUUGUAGUCGAUUUGGCAACUCUGGGCUAGCAAAAAAUCUUCUGUGCGAGGUGGAUGUCGAAAACGAGACGGUUUUGGUUUCUCGUGACAUCGAUUUACAACUGCGAUGCGAUAACGAAUUGGUUUUCGGUACGACGUUCAAAAUGGAGCUAAUCAUCACUAGUCUAAUCGAUUCGAUCGAUGUGACCGGGAAGCUUGUUCUUAAGAUUAGUGACUACACCGGAAGGCAUACGGAGACGAUCAAGAAGAUUCCCUUCUACGUGAGGCUAGUAAUGGAUCACUCGAAAUCCAUCGGGGUUCGCUUGGACUUUGAUGAAUACUUUAGACCAAACCCGGAUCUUACAUGCAUCAAGGUGACCUGUACUGCACGUGUGAAAGGAUACGAUCGAACGUACUUCGCGAUGGACAGCUUUCAUUUGGCUUCACCGACGAUCCGCCUGAGCCUGGUAGAAAACAGUGAAGCUAGUCGAUUGGCCGUGCAGAUAGAGUUCACCAAUCCAUUGCGUGUUCCUCUGACGGAUGGAUUUUUGUUUGUUGAAGGAUCGCGGUUUACUGCGCCUUUUGAGAAACAGUGUGAUCUAAUUCCAGUAGGUGAAACCGCUCAGUUCUUCUAUCCUAUCAAUGUAUCGCAAAGGGGGAAGGCAGUAAUAUCAGUACGGUUUGUGUCGAACGAGCUGAAGAUCGUUGACGGUCACAUUGUUGUAAAAAUUCCUUAG